GAGAGGACGAGUUAGUGAUGUAGACUGUUAGAAGGCAGUUUAGAUUUAUUUAAGAAGAGGCAAUAGAUUUGAAGAGGAAAGGAAUUAUAUUAACAAGCUGAUGUAAUACUUAGAACAGCAGCUAAAAAAGAUAAUUUAUUUCCACUCUAGAAGUGCUAAUUAAAGUAAGUAAUUAACUAUGUAAAACAUAAAUUAAAAUUAUACACAACUUGAAUAUGGCUGAUGCAAUAUUAUUUGAAAAACAAUUAAACCUAGAAGCAACUUUUUUCUUUUAAAUGAGAAGACUAAUUUGACAUGAUGGGACAUAAAAUUCAAGAAAAAAAAUCAAUUUGUUUCAAGUAGGCAAUGCUGUAUGCAAUUUAAUACAAAACAAUAUUUGAGCAAGAGUUGUUUUAAAGUUGAUUGAUACACUUACAUCAAAGAUAAACAACAGAAAUAUACAUACAAAGAGAAACCAACUAGUUCUAGUUUGUUUCUAGCAAGUAUUUAAAGUAAGAAGUCAGAAAUUAAAAACUAAAAGAUGUUUAAGAACACUAAAAAACCUUUCCUCGAGUGUCCAAUAUGUAGAAAAAUGUUUUUUACUCUAUUAGGAAUGAAGCGUCAUAUAUAUUUACACACAGGCGAGUGUCCCUUUAGAUGUUUGAAAUGUGAGAAAACAUUUAUUCAAAAACGUAAUGUAAAGAAUCAUUUGUUGACACAUUCUGGGAAGUGUCCUUAUAAAUGCACUAAAUGUGGAAAAUCCUUCAUAUCCAGCGGCUAUUUGAAGAACCAUACAUUGAUUCACACAGGAGAGCGACCUCAUAAGUGCACUACAUGUGGAAAAUCAUUCACAUCCAGUAGCAAUAUGAAAAGACAUACAUUGGUUCACACCGGAGAGCGACCUCAUAAGUGCAUUAUAUGUGGAAAAUCCUUCCAAACCAGUACUAAAAUGAAGCAACAUACAUUGGUUCACACCGGAGAGCGACUUUAUAAGUGUACUAUAUGCGGAAAAUCCUUCAAAACCAAGAACAGUAUGAAGAUUCAUACAUUGGUUCACACAGGAGAGCGACCAUAUGAAUGUAAUGUAUGUGGAAAACGCUUUAAAACCAUUACUAGAAUGAAGCAACAUGCAUUGCUUCACACCAGAGAGCAACUUUAUAAGUGUACUAUAUGUGGAAAAUCCUUUAAAAGCAAGAACAGUAUGAAGAUUCAUACAUUAGUUCACACAAGAAAGCAAACUCAUAAGUGCACCACAUGUGGAAAAUUCUUCACAACCAAGAACGGUAUGAAGGUUCAUACAUUGGUUCACACGGGAGAGCGACCUUAUAAGUGCACUACAUGUGGAAAAUCAUUCCAAACCUUUAGCAAUGUAAAAAGACAUAAAUUAAUACACACCGGAGAGCGAUGUCAUAAGUGCAUCACAUGUGGAAAAUUCUUCACAACCAAGAACGGUAUGAAGAUUCAUACAUUGGUUCACACAGUAGAGCAACCUUAUAAGUGCACUACAUGUGGAAAAUACUUCACAAGCAAGAACGGUAUGAAGUUUCAUACAUUGGUUCACACGGGAGAGCGACCUUAUAAAUGCACUACAUGUGGAAAAUCAUUCCAAAGCAGUAGCCAUGUAAAGAGACAUGAAUUAGUACACAACGAAGAGCGACGUCAUAAGUGUAACAUUUGUGGAAAAUCUCUUCAAACCAAGGGGAGUAUGAAGAUUCACAUUAGUUCACACAGUAGAGCGACCUUAUAAGUCAAGGACAACAUGAAGAGACAUACAUUAAUUAGUACCGGAGAGUGACCUCAUAUUAAGUGCAGUACAUGUAGAAAAUCCUUCAAAACCAACAGGCUCUAUUUGAAAAAUUUUUGGUAAGUGUAGUGUAAUAUACAGGGUAAUCAAAAAAGGUGGGGACAUAUUUUACCUAGUGCCAAAAUAAAGAGAAAAUCAAGAAUACAUGUUCUUCCAAAAUCUAUUCUUUAACCAGAUAUUCGCCAUUUUGUAUUUAUUACAUAAACAUUUUUAUCUUUUAGUAUUUUCAACUGAUCCUUGUGAAACUUGGUAUGUAUGUUAAGAUAAAAGAGACCCGUGUUAUAAAAAAGAUUCAUCUUGAUUCAACCAAAAUUUUACAAUGGCGGCCAUUUAAAAAUUUAAACUUAAAUUAGGUACUCAAAAAUGCCUGAUUUUAUGAAAAAAUGUUAAGAACACUUUUAUUUAGCAUGUAAAAUUACCUAUGAAACAAUACCAAGUUCUAAAACCCCCGCCGCAGCAAACCUGCAGACUAAUUGAAUUUCCAUUUGCCUGAUUGGAUUUACACUAAAAUGCCUCCUUAAAAAUAUCACAUUUAUUCCUUAUUUAAAUACAAUUAGUUUAACGAGUACUUAGGUUUGCUGCAACAGAGAGGGUAAAAAAGUGUUCUUUGUUGCAAAAUGUCAAUAGAAUGAAAUGAAUGUUUGUUUUAAGAAAUGAAUGUAUUUUCCAAAUUCGAUCAAAAAAUGUUCAUAAACAAGCAAACUACAACAGUUGACUUAUUCUCAUAUAGCCAAAAGAAUAACAUGGUAAUUUUAAAUUUACAAUCUUUUGGAAUUUUCUCCGCAACCAUUAGGCGCACAAUAACGCUUCAAUAUACUAAAUUAUUUG